AUGGAAACAACUAAGGAAGCUCCAGAAGUACCUUCUUUGCAAAAAAGAAAAGCAAGACAAAGAAAUAGGAGGAAAAGUGAUCAAAAGGAUAGUGAUCCAGCUCGUAAGCAAUCUGAGGAAGGUCAUGGAAACAACCAAGGAGGUUCCAGAAGUACCUUCUUUGCAAAAAAGAAAAGCAAGAAAAAAAGAAAGAGAAAUAGUCGACAGGAUAGUGAUCCAGCUCAUAAGCAGUCUGAGGAAGGUGGCUUGCCAAGUACAUAUAAUUUGAAUAAUGUGUCAACUGUAUGUUUAUCAGAUGAAAAGAACAAGGAACUGGUUUGUUUAGCAGAUAAUUGUGAAACAAAACUUGUGAACAAGGGCAUGGAAACAAUGAAGAAAGCUCCAGAAAUACCUUCUUUGCAAAAAAGAAAAGCAAGACGAAGAAAAAGGAGAAAUAAUCAACAGGAUAGUGAUCAAUCUCAUAAGCAGGCUGAGGAAGGUGGCUUGCUGAGUACCUAUAAUUUGAAAAAUGUGUCAACUGUAUGUAUAUCAGAUGAAAGAAACAGAGAAGUAGUUUUUUUAUCAGAUAAUGGUGAAACUAAACUUGAGAACAAGGGCAGGGAAACAACCAAGGAGGCUCUAGAAGUACCUUCUUUGCCUAAAAGAAAAGCAAGACAAAGCAACCGGAGGAUAAACAAUCAACGGGAUAGUGAACCAGCUCAUAAGCAGGAUGAGGAAUGUGGCUUGCCAAGCAAUGAUAAUUUGAAUAAUGUGUCAACUGUAUGUUUAUCAGAUGAAAGAAACAGAGAAGUGGUUUUUUUAUCAGAUAGGGGUGAAAUAAAACUUGCAAACAAAGGCACGGAAACAACCAAGGAGGAUCCAGAAGUACCACCUUUGCAAAAAAGAAAAGCAAGACGAAGAAACAGGAGAAGAAAUGAUCAGCAGGAUAGUGAUCAAGCUCAUAAACAGGCUGAGGAAGGUAGCUUGCCAAGUACUUAUAGUUUGAAUUAUGUGUCAACUGUAUCUUUAUCAGAUGAAAGAAAGAGGGAAGCAGCUCUUUUAUCGGAUAAUGUUGAAGCAAAACUUGUUUCUCUUGCUAUUUGUGACAAAGAGAAUGUUCCCUCUGAGACUUUAUCUCGCUUACUGGACCUGAGGGGACUUUGGGAAAAAGACGAUGCUGAACUUCCAUGGGAUAAGGGAGAUUAUAGUGAAUCGAAUACACUGUUAUUGGAUGAUUCUCCUUACAAAGCGUUGCUUAAUCCUGCGCAUACUGCAAUCUUCCCUUAUCCAUACCACUUUCAGAAUAGGAAUGAUAAUUCUUUAGGUGCUGGAGGUGAUCUAAGGGUUUAUCUGGAAGAAUUGGCAGCAGCUGAUAAUGUGCAGGAAUUUGUAGAACACCACCCAUUUGGUCAACAAGCUAUCUCUGAAAGAAGUGCAAAUUGGGGCUUCUACCUCAAGGCUAUAAGAUCAGUGUGUCCUGUACAAGUUAUAAGAUGA